AAGGAGAAAUAUUAAAAGAUGUUUUCAUAAUUGACUGACCUCUCGUUAGGAAACCUGGGCCCGAUCAAGACCAGCAAAGAACUGAGGAUAUGGAUGAUAAUGGCAAAGAUGUAAGUGGCCAUAUGGACAUCCCCACAGACGUGGACGAGGACGGCUGCAAGUCCACCCCACCAGAUGCUGUUCAAGCUUCUCAGGGCUUAAAUUGUGACGUCGAGCUUCUGACAUUGGGUCUGAGCCCAGAAGGGGCCUUGGUCACAAAGUCGCAGGUGGAUGACUAUGUUUUCAGAGGCGAUGAGCUGGAAGACAUGUCACUCCUUGAGUUUAUCUCGGACACUUACGAGGAGCAGGUUUCCCACAAGAAAGGGCCCAUAUCUGAACAGGGGGAUAAAGUCCGAAAUGACGUCGCUAGACAUGCGGGCAGACCUACAAACAUGCGUGUCAAAUACCACACACAGCAUCCAUGGCAUGCAUCUCGAAUCCGUGUUGUGCGCCCCAAGAAUCACCGCACCAUUGCCAACAUCGUCGGAAAAUGGCUCCCUCGGUCAGAUGAUGCUGAUGAAGCAGACGUACAUAGAGCCUCUAUCCUUUGCCUUCUCAAACCAUGGCGCAAGAUGAGCUCACUAAAAAUGUCCGAGGAAACAUGGAAAGAUUCUUACGACUCGUUCUUGCGGGCAGCAGGCAAUGACAAAGUCGCCAUGAUUGGCAAUGCACAGUUCUACUACGAUUGCAAGGAUGCUGCUGAACGGUCACGCACACAAGAUACGGUGGUGAAUGAUUCGAUCGAUGCAGGAGAUGAAUCAGAUGAUGGUCACGAAAAGGACGAGUCCAGCCAAGGCUUCGACCAUGACCUAAGCGAAGCAAAUUUGGAAGCUUUUGUUAGCAAGCAGGAACCUACACGAGAGAUCAUUCAUGGCUUACAGGCAGUUGAACACGCAAAGGCGGCACAUGUCUUCGGGUCAUGGGUUGAGGCUUGGGGAAUUGAGCCCGGCCAUUCCGGCAUUGGAAUCUACAACGAUGAAAGACAGGCAGUAUGGAAAUCAGCGAUCAAGAACGAGCGUGGAGGGUGUGCAGAACCUGGCGGAUCACCGAUGGGAGCCGUUGGCACCGUAGAAGUCGUUUCUGGGACUGCAGAGCCAGCGAUCUCGCAAGGUAGUGUAGAAUCCCUAGGCGGCAGCACUCAAGUUGCAACGCAGCAAGCGGAUUCUGCACUUCAGCUUGGAGUUGACCAAAUACGAGCGUAUGACCUCAUUUCAGUUCACGUCCUCAAUACAAUAAGAGGGAUUCACCAGGAUCAACUCUCCAUGCUUCUUUUGGGCGAAGGGGGCACUGGGAAGUCUGUGGUAAUUCAAGCUAUUACCCGUCUGUUCGAAGCAAACAACUCAUCUGGUAUGCUUGCCAAAGGAGCUUACACCGGAAUUGCGGCGUGCCACAUUGGAGGUAGGACACUGCACACCCUGGCCGGUAUCCCAUUGGGGAAAAAAAUGCCGACAAUGCAACAGAUUGCAGAUUUGGCUAAGGAAUGGCAAAUGCGGCGAUAUCUCAUCAUUGAUGAGUGCUCAAUGAUUUCACGAUCAUU